AUGGCUGCUGUUGCCACUAAGACCGGCCAGGAGGUCGACCGGACCAUCCUCGACUCAAUGCUUCGCCGUCGCAUGUUUUAUACCCCCUCCUUCGAGAUCUACGGUGGUGUGUCGGGUCUCUAUGACUAUGGCCCACCAGGAACCGCCCUGGUCGCCAACAUGACCGAUCUGUGGCGCAAGCACUUCGUGCUGGAGGAGGAUAUGCUCGAGGUCGAUACCACCAUGCUCACCCCUCACGAAAUUCUCAAGACUAGCGGGCACGUGGACAAAUUCGCCGACUGGAUGUGCAAAGACCCCAAGACCGGCGAGAUCUUCCGUGCGGAUCAUCUCGUUGAGGAGGUUCUCGAGGCCCGCCUGAAGGGUGACAAGGAGGCUCGUGGCCAGAAGGUCGAGGUUGACGAGGAGAAGGAGGCCAAGAAAAAGAAGAAGAGCAAGGGCGAGAAGAAGGCUGUCAAGCUGGAGGAUGCUGUUGUCAAGGAGUACGAGGAGACUCUGGCGCAGAUUGAUAACUUCGGUGGCCCCGAGCUUGAGGCAAUCAUCAUCAAGUACGAUAUCCGCAACCCUACCACCGACGGCCCCGUUCAGCCUCCCGUCGCCUUCAACCUCAUGUUCCAGACCUCCAUCGGCCCCAGCAGCAAUAUGCCUGGUUACCUGCGUCCUGAAACCGCUCAGGGCCAGUUCUUGAACUUCCAGAAGCUGCUCGAGUUCAACCAGCAGUCUAUGCCUUUCGCCUCUGCCUCCAUUGGCAAGUCCUUCCGCAAUGAGAUCUCUCCCCGCGCUGGUCUGCUGCGUGUGCGUGAGUUCCUCAUGGCUGAGAUUGAGCACUACGUCGACCCCGAGGGUGGCAAGAAGCACCCUCGCUUCGUCGAGGUCAAGGACACUGAAAUGUCUCUGCUUGACCGCCAUGUGCAGCUCUCUGGCAGCACCAAGGUCACCAAGAUGACCAUCGGACACGCUGUCGAGACUGGUCUGGUGGACAACGAGACUCUGGGUUACUUCCUGGCUCGUAUUCAACUGUUCCUGCUGAAGCUGGGUGUUGACUUCAACAAGCUCCGCUUCCGUCAACACAUGGCCAACGAAAUGGCUCAUUACGCCGCUGACUGCUGGGACGCUGAGCUCCAGACUAGCUACGGCUGGAUUGAGUGUGUUGGCUGUGCUGACCGUAGUGCCUACGAUUUGACUGUCCACAAGAACAAGACCGGUGCUCCCCUUGUGGUGCGCGAGACUCGCUCUGAGCCUCUGCGUAUCGAAGAGUUCCAGAUCGAUCUUGAGAAGAAGAAGUUCGGUCCCCGCUUCAAGAAGGAUGCCAAGACUGUCGAGUCCGCUAUCGAGGCUCUGUCCCAGGAACUGCGUGAGAAGCUGUCUCUGGAUCUGGAGAAGGAUGGCAAGAUCGAGAUUGACGUCGCAGGCGUUGGAUCUGGCAAGGUUGAACUGGAGAAGGAUCUUAUCAAGAUUGAGAAGCGUACUCGUGUUGAGAAUGUCCGCGAGUACACUCCUAAUGUCAUCGAGCCUUCCUUCGGUAUUGGCCGUAUUAUGUACAGCAUGAUUGAGCAUGUCUACUGGUCGCGUGCUGGUGACGAGGCCCGUGGUGUCUUGUCUUUCCCUCCAUCUAUUGCCCCCACCAAGGUGCUCCUGGUACCUCUUUCCACCAACCCCUCCUUCAAGCCCUUGACCCAGCGUCUGACUGUCAAGCUGCGCCGUCUUGGUGUUUCCAACCGUGUGGAUGACUCGUCUGCUAGUAUUGGCAAGCGUUAUGCUCGUAACGACGAGCUUGGUACCCCAUUCGGUAUCACUGUUGAUUUCCAGUCCGUCCAGGACAACACCUUCACUCUGCGUGACCGUGACUCCACCAAGCAGGUUCGUGCCACUGAGGACGAGAUCCUGCAGGCUGUCAAGUCGCUGGCCGACGGCGACGAGACCUGGGAGGAUAUUGCCAAGCGUCUGCCAGAGUUCACUGGUCAGGAAGUGGAGUAG